AUGCGUCGCUCUGCAUUGCGGGCUGUCGAGUCCGCAAAGCCGCUCGCGCGAGCUCCUCGCUCAGUGUCGAGAAGCUUUGCUACUCUCAAUGACGCGGCCAAGGACCCGGCGGAAUUAGAUCAAAUUACCACUCUUCCGAAUGGCGUUCGCGUCGCUACCGAAUCAUUACCGGGACCCUUCGCGGGUGUCGGAGUUUACGUCGAUGCCGGAUCUCGUUACGAAGACGCUAGCCUGCGCGGAGUCAGUCAUAUCAUGGACCGGUUGGCCUUCAAAUCGACCAAGGCACGCUCAGGGGAUGAGAUGUUGGAGGUUCUAGAGUCGCUGGGCGGCAACAUCCAAUGCGCUUCCUCGCGAGAAUCGUUGAUGUACCAGUCCGCCAGCUUUAACUCAGCGGUGCCUACUACUCUCGGUCUCCUGGCAGAGACGAUCCGGGAUCCCCUCAUCACCGAGGAGGAAGUUCUUGACCAACUGGCGACAGCGGAGUACGAGAUUGGCGAGAUUUGGGCGAAGCCGGAGCUCAUCCUGCCCGGAGCUGGAAACCCUCUGCUCUGCCCCGAAGAGAGGCUGGGAGAGAUCAACAAGGCCGUUGUCGAGCGUUACCGCGAGGUCUUUUUCAACCCAGACCGGAUGGUGGUUGCUUUUGCCGGCGUGCCGCAUGCGGAGGCUGUUAAGCUCACCGAGCAAUACUUUGGCGACAUGAAAAGCCGCGAUAUUCCCAGCAAGGGACCUGUCUUGUCGGGAUCUGGAAUUGAUACGACUCUGUCCGACUCCCCCGGUGCUGCUACUGAGGGUCAAGUACCCACCGUCCCUCAGUUCACGCCCUCCUCGACCGUGAGCAGCCCAGCCGCUUCUCAAAAAACACAUUCGUCGCUUCUGUCGAAACUACCAUUCCUUAAGAAACUCACCGAUUCCUCGCCAAAUGCCGUCGAACCCCUUGAUCCCUCUCUCAUCGAGCCCUCCACAUUGGAUCUGCGUCGGCCGGCCCACUACACGGGCGGUUUCAUUGCUCUUCCUCCCAUUCCGCCUCCCGCCAACCCGAUGUUGCCUCGCCUAAGCCAUAUCCACCUUGCCUUUCGAGGCACUCCCCAUCUCUUCGCCCGAUAUUUAUGCCCUGGCUACUCUCCAGACCCUUCUGGGUGGCGGCGGUUCCUUUCUCCGCUGGUGGUCCCGGUAAGGGCAUGUACUCCCGACUGUACACCAAUGUCCUCAACCAGCACGGAUGGGUUGAGAGCUGCAUUGCCUUCAACCACAGCUACACUGAUAGCGGUAUCUUUGGUAUCUCCGCCUCGUGCAGCCCCGACCCGGACGACAGAGAUGCUUGAAGUGAUGUGCCGUGAGCUGCAAUCACUGACCCUGGACACUGGCUACACUGCUCUGCAAACACAGGAGGUCAACCGUGCGAAGAACCAGCUCCGCUCGUCCCUGCUCAUGAACCUCGAGUCUCGCAUGGUUGAACUCGAGGAUCUCGGUCGCCAGGUGCAGGUUCACGGCCGCAAGGUGAGCGUGAAGGAGAUGUGCGAUCAGAUCGAGGCUUUGACCGUUGAAGAUCUGCGCCGUGUGGCGCGUCAGGUCUUUGGCGGCCACGUCCAGAACCAUGGCCAGGGAACCGGCAAGCCGACAGUCGUGCUGCAGGAGGGUGAGCUGGAAGGAUUCAAAGCUUCGGUCCUUUCCCCUUGGGAGGAAAUUCAAGAGCGCAUUGCGCGCUGGAAACUUGGUCGCCGGUAA